UAAAAGCGCACACCGGCGGCGGCGCGAUGUUCAAAUCUUCCUGUAAUCUCGACUGUUCGUGAUAUAGUCAUAAAUCCUUAAGAAACAACAGACAUGGAUUGCUUGGAUGUAGCGAAGAUUUUACCCAAUUCCCCGCGGAAGACACGAGGACAGAUCCAGGUUAUUUUCGGACCGAUGUUUUCAGGAAAAAGCACUGAACUGAUGCGGCGCGUGCGGAGGUUCCAGGUGGCUCAGUAUUCCUGUCUGCUCAUCAAAUACUCCAGAGACACCCGCUACUCUCAGACGGGGAUGGCCACGCAUGACAUGAGCACGAUGGACGCCGUUCCCGCCAGCGUUCUGAGAGACGUCCGGGCUCUGGCUCUUCAGGCCUGUGUGAUCGGCAUCGAUGAGGGACAGUUUUUCCCCGACACGGUGGAGUUCUGUGAGGAAAUGGCCAACCUGGGAAAAACCAUCAUCGUAGCGGCCCUUGAUGGAACCUUCCAGAGAAAGCCCUUCGGUAACAUCCUGAAUCUGGUGCCUCUGGCGGAGAGCGUGGUCAAACUGAACGCCGUCUGCAUGCAGUGCUUCAAAGAAGCCGCUUACACCAAGAGACUGGGAGCCGAGCAGGAGGUGGAGGUGAUCGGCGGCGCUGAUAAAUACCACGCUGUGUGUCGGGGGUGUUACGGGGGUCUGUGUAAAGAGAACCGUGACCCGCAGAGAGAGGAAACGCCUCCGCACGUGAUGUCUGGGAAACCGGCCAAUCACAACGCUCCACGAAAACUCUUCACUGCCCUUCAUCUAUGAAAAAAAACCAUCGGCCGUAUCCCUUUUAGUAUUUUAAUUUGCAUAAAUAUCAGUGAUGGAAGUGAUUAAUUGCAUCCAAAAUAAUUAGUUUCAUUCACAUGAUGUGUAUUUAAUAAAUAAAACUACACACGGUGUAUGUUUAGAGUGUGUGUAUGUUAGUUAACUGAUCACAGAAGUGCAUUUAAUAUGUAAAUGUUACAUUUUUCUUUUAAAUAUAUACAUGCCUGCGUGUUAUUUUUGGAUGCAAAUAAUACUUUGAUGGCUCUAGUAUUUAAAAAUGCUGGACUCAAGUACAGUGACUGGUAUAUUUGAUCUUGUUUCUGGGGGAAAAAAAUAAAACCUUUGUUAGUUUUGAUUUAAAACAAGCAAAAAUAUAUAAAAACUAGAAAUGCUUGUUUCAAGAAAAACCUAACAGUUUUUUUUCCCCUGAAAAGAACAUUUUAAAUAUUAAUUUCAGAAUUUAAUUAUUUUGGCUGUGUGUUACAGCAGCACUGUUACGACACCCAUUUAGCACCUCUUUGUAGUUUUAUUAUUUUGUGUGUGUGUGUGUGUGUGAGAGAUACCUUUUUUUAACCUUUAAAGCAGGUCCAGCAGGAUAUGGUGUUUGUAUUUUCAGUUUGACAAUGACUCAAUCAUUUGUACGUGUUUUAAUUUAAAUGAUUUUAAACUAAUUUAUAAUUGUGGAACAGAACCAGCGAGUGACGUGUGAGGAUUAAACUUAGACUAAAUACAGUGAUUUAAAGUGAUGUUUUUCAUGCAUGUUACACGCUCAUGCGGUUAUAUACAUUCGUGCUUUGAUGCAACCUGUGUUGUUAAAAGUGCUAUAUAAAUAAUGAUUGAUUGAUUGAUUUAGCACACGGGUUGAAAAGUAAUGCAUUAAAGAUUAAAAUCUUUGUAAUAUACAAGUGUUGGGUUUGUAUGAUGAGCAGUGCAGAAAUCCUGUUUCCCGAAAUUGAUCAAAUCUACUUAUUUGGAGAUUUUAUUAUUUUUAUUGUAACCAGUACACCUCACUGUUGUUCUGAAAAAGUCAUAUAAAUAAAAAUCAACUUAAUUUAAA